AUGGAAGUUAACAGACAGUCAAACCGUCACUGACAAGUAGACAUGCCUCGCGGUGCAUGAUAGACAUCAAUGAUAGAACAUUUUGACAGUGAACAUCGGAGUGCGAAUUUUUCAGAAAAGGCGACUGAGCAUAUUGGGGGGGUGUUUUGAUUCUCACUCUCAUACACUCGUUGUUAACGUCUUUCUGGCACUCCUAGCUCUGUGGAAACUCUUGUGUUGGAAGAAACGAGGCAGCGCACACAGCAGCUAGUACCCAAGGCAAGUGCCGCGCGUAUCAGCCACACGGCAAACAAACCAGUUAAAUGACAACAGCCUCCCAUUCAACAAGUCAGCAAAAUCAAUCUGUUUUACUUUCUAACCGGGGGCAGAGCUGUCAAUGAGUCCGGUGUGGAAUGGUAGGUAUUCUGAAUGACUCUGGCAUGGCUAGCUGCGAUGCUGAAUGACUCUGGUGCGGAAUGACAAUUAAUCGGAACAACUCUGGCUUUUUCUGGGUGGCUGCAGCACAAAAUGAGAAUCAAGACUUCAGUGGAAGGAGAGGAGAGAAAAAGAGCGAGGAAGAGGUAGGAAUCAACUAUAGGAGAGAGAAGAAGAGAGGAGGCAGCCAGAGGAUAAGGAUGCAACGUGUAAUAGUAGCAAAGAGAAGUAACGGGAAGUUAGGUAAUGGUCUUCCACAGGAAAUAGAGUUUGUAGGGGCGGAUUGACUGCUUUGAAAUACAUAGAUAAAGGUCGAGAGAGAGAGAGAAAAAAGAGAAGGGUUUCAAUAUGCGAGCGAAAAAGGAAUUCCCCCGCCUCUACUGCCCCGGCCAAGAAGUAGUGUGUGUGAGAGUGCAUGUGUAUGCAGCAAGGCUUGUCUGGGCAAAUUGCAAAGUGCUCCUCACUAUUUCCAUACUGUGUUGUGAGCCUACUUUGUGUUUACGCUACAAUAUGGCCUCCUGUUUUCAAUAUGUACCUGGUAUGGAUGCAGGCCUUUUGCAAUAGACACUGGAAUAAGGUGGGCAAGUGCCGAAGUCGCGCAACAAAGACAAGACAGGAUGAGAGAGAGAGGCCCCGGCAGAGGAGGAAAAUAGAGAUAAUAGAAAGGAGGUGGAAGAAGGAAAAAAACCAAGGCAAAACAAGAGAGGAACGCCAAAGAGAAUCUCUGUGAUAAAUAAAUAAAAAGACUUGUUUAGAGAAAAAGCAAGCUAGAUGAAAAGAUGAAGCCGAUAAAAAAGCAGGGCCGUCGCUCUCCUCCCUCCACCCGGGCCAAGGGGGGGAAGCGUCGCGGAGCGGGGGAUGCCCCAGAAGGAGGGGAGAAGAGAGACUCAGAUGAGAACAGAGACAGAAGCAGAUCCCCACAAAACAGAACACCCUCCUCUUCAUUUUCUUCUAAUUCACAUUUUGAGUCGUCCCAGACGGACCCAAUCAGAGCACGGGGCACUUCAGAGGGAGAGGGUCUUCACAGGCUGUCAGAAACGACAGUAUCACUCGUGAUGGAUUCUGGGAAAUUAGUGACAUCCUCAGAUGAUAGAUCAGGGAGGUCAGCUGUGAGCGUUAGCAGCCACAGUGACAGUGGUGGUAGUAGUUGUAGUAACAGUAGUACACCAAGCGCUAACAACAGUCCAAACCCCGCCUCCAGCCGGAAAACGGCCACCUUCAAGGCCCGCGUUCCCAAGAAGAAGUACACCUCUGAACACUGCUUGUCUGCUACUGGUAACCAUAGCAACCCUUCCUCCACCACGCCCCCGCAUCUUCCUCUUAGUGGUGGGGUCAUUAACCACGGGUCAACAGGUUCAGGAAAAGACAUCUGUGUCCCUCACCCUGUUGGCAACGGUCAAAGCAGGAGCCUGAUUAACGACUUCCACAGCAGGACCACUGGCAGGGAGGGGCCUCAGGAUGGCUCCCCAGGACCCCCUACGCUGACGCUGGCAGGGGACAGGGAAAGGCCCGCAGGAGUUGAAGGGGCAAGAGAUGCGGAGCGAACGUCACCCGUCCUCUUACCCCGCUGCUCCUCAACAGACACUGCCAGCGAGCACUCAGCUGACCUGGAGGUAGUUGGCGACACACACACCCUCACACAGAUGUCUACACACGCACUACCCAGUCUCCCCGAUGCACUAUCUGACGCCCUCGCCAAAGGAAUGAAGAAUCAGCGCGUCCUCGCCCGACAGCUCAGGAGAAGAAGUGACGAGGUGGGAGGAGACGAAAGGAGGGACGAAGGGGGGAUUUCAGACUUGGUGUUCCGGGCUGGAGUGGUGCGUAAGGUCAGCGGUGAAUUUGGAAGCCUGGAGGUUCAACUGAAUGGUGAGAAGACGCUGUGCCGUUAUCCAUAUCAACAUGACAGCCCCCCAGGGGUGGUGGACAUUAUCUUAGAUGCCCCACCACCUGGUGUCCAUCCAAUAGCUAUUGGCACCCGUGUCUGCGUACCAUUUGGAAAUGAGGAGGGCAGCGAGGGCCAGUGGCAAUGGUACAGAGAAGGUGUGGUGACCCAGGUGGACACACACCCUGCAGUGGCUAACCGCUACCGUGUCCUGCUGUCUGAGGAAAGACCUGAUUCUGUGGGCGAGGAAGAGGAUGGCAGAGGGACAGCUGGUGGGACCCAGGCAGUGUGGGUCUCCCGACAGACACUCCGGCUUCUGGUGCCACCUUGGGAUCUGGAUCUGCCGUCUGGAGGGGGACAGGACGGAGAGGAGGGAUUCAGUGACAAGGAACUGGAACGAGAGGACAGGGAGGAGAUAGAUGUGGAGCAGGAGGUGUGUCGUUUGAGCCGGGGGAUGACACCUGGCGUGGGGUCAGUGUUGGGAAGAGGAAUAUCCUACCCAGGUAUGGUCCCUGUUUCCUCCACAUUAGGCCACAGCAUUACCUCUCCAGUUACCCCAGCUUCAGUCCUCAGCCUGGCUCCAGGUCGAGAGUGGGAAAUUGAGAAAGACUUAGAGAGGGAGAGGGACCUCCAGAGAAUACAGGAAAGAGAGAGGGAAAGAGAGCGAGAAAGGGAGAACAGUGUGAAGCAGCAGCAGCAGCAGCAGCACCAACAACAGCAGCAGCAACACCACCCAUACAUGCCACUAACCCCCGAAGAAGACAUGGAGGUAUCUCACUUUAACAUGCUUCCUAUAGGGGCGAUCAUACCUGGGGCCCAACCAAUGGCACUUCCCCUGCACCGCCACAUCAUCUCUAAGCCCCCGCCUGGCUACCUCAAUCCCCACCUUUCUGUGGUGCGGGGCAUCGGGGUCCCCCCUACCCAUCUUGCAUUGAACCCCCACCCUCCUCCUUCACCUGUCCUAUUAGGCCUUGACACAGCAACUGCAACAGCUGCAGCUGUCAUUACCAUCCCUCAACUUCCCCCUCUCCCUCCCAUCUCCUCUUCCACUGCGUCCUCCUCCAGAGUCGAGAAGGCCCAAGGAGGAUGUUCUUCCAGUGGAGGAGCUGGUGGUGGCGGUGGAUCCGGAUCAGGUUCAACCUCCUCCUCCUCCUCACGUUCACGCACCCCACUGACAGCUGCCCAGCAAAAGUACACAAAGGGAGAUGUGGUGUGCACGCCAACAGGCAUCCGUAAGAAAUUCAAUGGGAAGCAAUGGAGGAGGUUGUGCUCCAGGGAAGGCUGCUCAAAAGAGUCCCAGCGCCGAGGAUACUGCUCCAGACACCUCUCAAUGAGGACCAAGGAGAUGGAAGCCAGUGGAGGUAGCCGGGAACGGGGUGGAGCCAGCAGCACAGGGACCCUGACUCCCUCUGACCUUCGAAUGAGCGGUGGAAGAGCUAGCUCAGAGUUUGACUGGGAUGAGACGUCACGCGAAAGCAGUGAGGCCAGCAGCCGUGGAGGAGACUCCCGCCCCCGCCUGGCCCUUCCCUCUCUGCUCCCCCAGGACCUCUCUCGUUUUGACUUUGAUGAGUGUGAGGCCGCGACCAUGUUGGUCUCCCUAGGGGGCUCCCGCUCAGGCACACCCUCAUACUCACCUAUCUCUAACCAAUCGCCGUUCUCACCUACCCCAUCACCUUCACCCUCUCCGCUCUUCGGCUUUCGUCCUGCCAAUUUCAGCCCCAUCACUGCUCCUUCCUCACUUACUCCACGCCGCCAUCGCCAGCUUAGCGGCACUAAGAUUGGUACACCAGGUGUUGAUCGAGAGCGCCACCUGUCUGGGAUUGUGCCCACGUUUCAGACCAAUCUCACUUUUACAGUCCCCAUGAGCCCCAGCAAAAGGAAGCUCGACACCCAUCCACCCCCACCGCUGCCUGCAAUCCAGGACUACCAGACCAAACCUGAGCUGGUGGGCAUGAUGGGAGACCCAACCCUGGGCCACAACCCUGCCGCCUUCAGAGUCCUCUCCCCCCAGAGUCAGCCCACAACCCCCUCCUCACUUUCCUUUCCCCGGCCUCGUAGCGCCACCAGCAGGCCACCAUCCUCCGCUGCCUCCACUCCACCACCCAUGCUGGUCUCUCCCACUCCUCCCUCCCCGCUGCCCCAGGAACCCUCCCCACGACGCAUUGUGCCGCUCCGUGAUUCCCCAGUCAUUGUCCGCAACCCAGAUGUUCCCCUGGCCAAGUUCUCUGAUGGCCCAUUGGGGAGGAGAGAGAGGAGCAGGUCUAGAGAGCACAGCCUGCCCCAACACACAGCUCUCCCAGGCCUCCAGGUCCCUGUUCCCAUCAACGGGGCCACCACCAACGGUGCAGUUCUCCUGCGCAACCCUUCAUCCACACUCGUCCUGGUCACUUCCAGCUCGUCACUGACUCCAGCCACAGGGGGCCACGCUGCCCUGUCCAGCACCUCCGCGAUGCCCACUUCAUCAGGCUCCAUCCUGUCCUCCUCUGGCUCUGGGGGGCGAGAGAGGGAGAGGAAGCCCGAGGGACACCAGGAUGCCUCCGGCGGGGGGCUGCCACAGCCGGUAGCCUGUCACCCAACGCCGACUGCUUUGCUGCCGCUCAUACUGCCAGCUGAGUCGCCUCAUCCUGCUCCGCGCAAGCAAAUCAUCAUGGGACGUCCAGGGACGGUUUGGACCAACGUGGAGCCUCGGUCCGUGCCAGUGUUCCCUUGGCAUUCGCUCGUCCCUUUCCUGGAGCCCAGCCAAUCAGGAGCGGCUCCCCAGCCUGCCGACGGCCAACAGCUUGUCAAUCAGAGCAAAGAGCCUCGUUGUGGCGUGGCCCUGGUGAGCGACGGACGGACCGGCCCUCCUGACCUAGAGAGGGGAUCGACGCCAUGCCCUCCCCCGACCAAUGACAAUCCUCCUACAGACAGGGGCGGGGCUGACAGCGAGACAGAGAGCGAUACAGACGACCCGUUCUCCCCGGGCGUGGCCAACGAUGCGGCACCCUCCGCCGGCACCUUGAAGAGACGCACGCAGUCUCUCAGCGCCCUGCCCAAGGACGGGGACAGGAAGAGGGAGAAAGACCACAUUCGCCGACCAAUGAACGCAUUCAUGAUCUUCAGCAAGCGCCACCGGGCCCUAGUGCACCAGCGGCAUCCCAACCAAGACAACCGAACAGUCAGCAAGAUCCUGGGGGAGUGGUGGUACGCUCUGGGGCCCAACGAGAAGCAGCAGUACCACGAUCUGGCCUUUCAGGUGAAAGAGGCCCACUUCAAAGCCCACCCAGACUGGAAAUGGUGUAACAAGGACCGCAGGAAGUCACUGUCGGAGGGCCGUGGGUUGCAAAAGGAGUCGCGGGAGAGGAGCAUGUCAGAGAGCAUAGAUCCCCAUCCGGAGUCUCAGGUGCCUGAGGGGGGGAAGGGAGGAGGAGGCUCGUGCUGGCCAGGGGGAUCGGAGCGCCGAGUGGGGCUGUUUGCGGGGCAGCACCCGCGUCCCCGAGCCUUUUCCCAGAGUGCCGUGCACACCCUGGAGCAGAGGGAGAGAGACCUGGAGAAGGAUGAUGGGGCGAGUUUGUUUCGCCGCCAGCCCCCACCUCAGGCCCUGUACAAGGGCGGGCUCAGUGAGGACGUGACCAGCGACGAAGAGCGCAUGGUCAUCUGUGAGGAAGAGGGAGACGACGAUGUCAUGGAGGACUCCUGUCCUGAAGGCUCCAUUGACCUCAAGUGUAAAGAGAGAGUGACGGACAGCGAUGAAGACGAACCAGACGGACAGCAUGGCUUCCAGCCAGUGGCUCGCUCCUCUCUCCCUUCUUCCUCUCCCUCCACCCCUCACUCCGACUCCACCUCCGCUAAAUGGAACGGCGGAGGAGGAGGAGGAGGUGACGAAGGGUCCGAGAAGAAGAGAAAGAGAGACGGAGGAGAGGAGGGCAGCGAGGGAAGAUCCAAGAGAGAAGAAGCAGCAGCAGAUGGAGGUAGAGGAGGAGGAGGAGGUGGUGGGGUCUCCUCUCUACCUACCGCAGUCUGGACAUCCAGCGGCCCGGCUCCCCUCGCCUUGGCCCAGAAGGGUUUGACACAGGUCCUCGGCGCCGUCCACACGGCCCCCACAAUGGUGACUAAUGUGGUUCGACCCGUCGCCAGCAUGCCCGUCCUCAUGGCCAGCAAGCCGGUGGAAGGAGCCGUCGCCGGUAACUCCCAGCCUCAGGACAAGAAAGCCACUCUCCUGCAUGGAGAAGGUGGACCUCAGCAUCUGCCAAUCGCUGCGGGUGGUGGGUACCUGUCCUCAUCCUCCUCCCCCGGUCCAGUCAGUGUAACUCCCAUGGAGGGCAGCGGCCUGGUCACUAGCCUAGUUCUGGGAGGGUCCUUUCCCACCGCCCAGCCGCACGCACAAACCCCCCUACCUGUCCUCCAGACCCUGCUCCACCCCACCGGCGCCACCUCAACUCUCACACCUCCCGCCGGCCCCAAGCCGCUAGCGCAGGGCCAAUACAUCCUGCCCACCGAGGGCCCCUCCUCCCCUCAACUCACCCACCAGCAAAUUCUCUCCCUGCCCGCCAAUGCCGACCCGGCCAAUGGCAUGCACUCAGGGGCGGGCAUCAGAGUUGCAUCAGUCAGUCCCGGAACCAGAGUCCAAACCCAGUCGCCGGUUUUGCAGAGCAAGAUGUUGGUUCCUAUGGCAACAGUGAGAACAGGGUCUACUCCUCCUCAUCCCUCUAUUUCUCUGGUCGCGCCGCCUCUUCCUAUGCAGAACGGCUCGGUGACAGGAAACAAGAUCAUCCAGAUCGCGCCGAUGCCUGUGGUCCAGACCACCGUUCACCCUUGCGGCGCAGCAGAAGUGCAUCCUGGGAGCCCCUUUCCUGUUUCCAUGGCAACAGUGAUGGCUCCCGGUGCCGCGCCCCCGCAGACCGUUCUUCUGACCUCUCCACCCACCAGGAUCACGUAUGUCCAGUCUGGCCCCGUAGUUACCGCGACAACGCCCCAACAGGCCACGCCCGCUCCGAGUCCUGCGUAUCUCCCAUCAUCACUGGCAACCCUGGGCUUCACCGCCAUUGCCCCGGCGGCACAAACCCUGGUUCAGCCACUGUUGGCUCUGGCCCCGCCCCUCAGCUGUCAACCACAGACCCCUACGGGCCAGGCCUCAGGGGACGCUGGUCUCCAGGUACAAACCACCAUCUAUUCUGCACCAACCGUUGCACUGCCCGCUGGCAAGGUUUCCGUGACGACUCUGCCCCCCGCGGUGGCGGCCCCGGCCCAGGACAGGAUGAGCCCUUCCUCUCCGACGGCGACCCUUCGACUUUACGCAGCGGAAGAGGUGGAGCUGAAGGUGGAGGUGAAGAAGGAGAACCUGACAGAUGGUGCGACUGAGGAAGGGUGGUCGAGCUGUGCUGCCAGCUCCUCGUUUGCCACCUGUGCGAUUAAUGUCACAGUUAAAAAAGAGGAGGACAUCGGCUUUCACAUCAAAGAAGAAAAUCUCCGAGAUGGACACGGCGGAGAGAAACAAUGCGACGGGGACAUGGAGCAAGAGAGAGGGGUGAAGGAGAGCAGUGAAAGAAAGGGAGGCCGGAAGAUGGACAGAGAGGACCACAGCAUGGACAACGGCAGCAAAGAGGAUGGACCUCGCACCCCUCCUUUGCCGCCCCCGGGUUUGGACCCCCCACCCCCUCUCCCUGUGGAAAGAGAGCACCCCUCUGCCUCGAAGAAGACCAAGUUCAGACCCCCGCCGCUCAAAAAGACGCCCGACUCUCUCGAGAAGGUCUUGUCGGAGUCGUACUUUGAGGAGCGCUUUGCCGAGCUUCCAGAGUUCAACCCGGAGGAGGUCCUGCCUUCGCCCACUCUGCAGAGUCUGGCCACUUCGCCGAGAGCCAUCCUGGGAAGCUACCGCAGGAAGAGACGCAACUCCAACGAGCUGGAGGUGACUGCCGAAGACCCCGGCUCCCCGAAGAGGAAGACCCGUCGCCUCUCCAGCUGCAGCUCGGAGCCCAACACCCCCAAGAGCGCAGCCAAGUGUGAGGGAGAGAUAUUCACCUUCGACAGAGCGGGUACAGAAGGAGAGGACCUUAUUGGAGACUUGGACAGGGUCCCCUACUCGUCUCUGCGCAGAACUCUGGAUCAGCGCCGGGCCCUGGUCAUGCAGCUGUUUCAGGAGCAUGGCUUCUUUCCCUCAGCUCAGGCCACCGCCGCCUUCCAGGCACGCUACUCGGACACCUUCCCCACCAAAGUGUGUCUGCAGCUCAAGAUCCGCGAAGUCCGUCAGAAGAUCAUGCAGACAGCCGCGCCCGGAACCUUCGAGCCGGGAGUGUUGGCCGGGUUAGCCGAAGCCGGCCCCGCCCCGUCCCACAGCUCCUCCUUCAAUCAAUCAGCCCGGGAGGACGGAGGGGCGGAGCAGCAAGGAGACAAAGUCAAGAGCCCCGAUGAGACAAAAAGCGAGAGGUCCUAAGGUGGAUGGGAUGACAGUGACAGUGGGAAACAAAUCGAGGAAGAGAGAGAAGAAUGUUCUUGUGUGCGGGAUCCGUUUUACUGGCACUAAUCUCCACCAGACCUGGGCAAGAAUUACAUCUGAAUACGGGCGCAAAUAUUCAAACUACUUAAGGUGCGCUUGAUUCGUCCAAUCAGACUUUAAAGAGAAAAAAAGCCUCAAAAGUGGACGAAUCACAUGUCCCAACGAGUCAAGCGCUUCUUGCAGUAUUGUUUUCCCCUCUGCUCCCCAAGUAUCCAGAAUAUUUUCAGUUACCACUUUGCCCAGGUCUGCUCUCAGCACAUUUGUACAGUAGUUUGUAGUUCGACACAAAAACUCUGUGGCGCACACUCACUAUCUCUCCAGCACAGACACACACAAACCCUGGUGCAUUAUGUAACCUCCAGCAUGCACAUGAUCCCACACACACACACACACACACACACACUUACCAAAUCAGACUGUUACUCUUGGUUGGUGGUGCCCGGGAGCAGCAACCAAGGAUCAUGACACACAAAGGCACUUUGUCACUUAUUGUGCAGAAGCAGUUUGCUGUUGCCAGCCAGCCAGCCCUCAGAUGCCAUUGACUUGACCUCCUCCUCGGCCCUUCCACUCCUCAGCACAGUGGUCGGGACACAAACACAACCCCAACGACCUCCACUGAUAUUCCACGGCCCCUCGAUGCUGCAAGACAGACAGCACACAAACACACACACACACACACACACACACACACACAAACAUGGACACAUCUGUGCAGUGUGAGCACUCUUACACAAACAAAGUCAAACCUGGUCUGACCAAGCCAUUGGCCUGCACAGUUUUUAGUGAUUGUAGUGAGAAGAGAAACUGAAAGCUUGAAAUCGAUUCGCUCCUGGAGAAAAAAAAACAAAAGAAAAAAGGAAGGCAGGAGUUGGGAUGUCGUGUGACCAAUCUUUGCACCUUCAGUUAUUGCCAUUGUGAAAGACUGAGUCCUCAUUGGCGGGAGCUGAUUCUAUAUGUCUGUAUGUCUGUUGGGGUCCCCUCCCCGAAAAACACCUGUGCGAACAGGCCCUAUAAAGAGAUUAUGUAAAGAGACUAUUGGUCGUGAGGCUUCGAAGAAUCUACGUUUAAGUUUGACACUGACUGACCGGCUCCCGACGGAGCACCGAGAAGAAAGGCAGGAGAAGAAGAACGGUGGACGAUGCUCAUUGGAUCGAAGAUUCAUAUUCCAACUUUAGGAAGACAAGAUAAUAAUAGUGAAUAAGGACAACAACACGAUAAAGCUUACCAACAGAGAGAAGAGGUAGAAUUUUAACCAAACUUCUUUGAAUCUCCCAGUGGAUAUAAUGUUGCUUUCUCUCGUUAUCGUUGCCGUGGAAAUAACCAGUUAUACCGUGGCCUGUUUUUUCUCUUGUGGCUCUAUUGUGUUUCUUCUCCAGCAUAAAAAACAUUUUAAAAAUAAAAAAAACAACAACAAAAGAAGUAAA